CUUCGGAAGGCUGCUUCAGUGCCUCACUGUAUGUCACAGGCUGCAUAAAUAAGGGGUGUCCCUCUUGUGGAUCACACGCUUGACCAACUGCGCAGCGCACGAGUCCGAUGGAUCAUUUGAAUUCUGCGAUCCUCUCCGGGUAGACGCGGUACAGUGGACAGUGGGUGGUUCUAGUGGAGGGUCUCUCUCUCUCUCUCUCCGUGCGCGCGUGAAUGUGCACUCCUAGAAUAGAGAGCCGAAAGGAGAAGAAGAGGGAGAAGGAGAAGAAGGAGAAGAAGAGAGGCGGGAUCGCGCUGUGCCCUGCUGAGAUCCAGGGUGAAGACAAACCCCACAGUCUGUAGCAGAUCGAUCAGCAGUUCCGCGCUCCCUCUGUGGAAUCUGAUGGACGUUUGAUCAGUGGAUGUGAUGCCCAUAUAUAUCAUCGACCGAAAAUUUCCCGACACAUCUGGUGAGUUGAUACAGCCGGCAGCUGAAGGAGGAGACUUGAGAAUGACAGAGACCAACCCACCCAAGUCGGCUAAGAAGCCCCGCUGGACCUCCCUGGAGAUCGGGCUCAUUACCAUCGUCUCCUUGCUCUUCAUCGUCAUCGUUGCCCUCAUCAUUCUGUUUGCCACACAGAAGACUGAUGAUAUCUGCACCACAGCAGACUGCACGCAGUCAGCCUCUCGUCUCAUUGAGAACAUGGACGCUACCGUGGACCCUUGUGACAACUUCUACCAGUAUGCCUGCGGAGGUUGGCUUAAAAAGAACAUCAUCCCAGAGACCAGCUCCCGAUACAGCACUUUUGACAUCCUACGAGAUGAACUGGAGGUCAUCGUCAAAGGUGUCCUCGAGAAAACAGUGGAGGGGGAAGCCGCCGCUCUCGUCAAGGCUAAGACUCUUUAUAAGUCCUGCACUAAUGAAAGUUUAAUUGAGCUCAGAGGAGGGGCUCCGUUGCUCGACAUGCUGCCUGAUGUGUUCGAGUGGCCCAUUGCUGCAGACAACUGGGAAGCCAACUAUGGUAAAACAUGGAGGUUGGAAGACGUCAUCGCCAAGCUCAACGAGAAAUAUGGAACUCAACUCCUGGUUAACUUUUUCGUCGGUACCGAUGACAGGGACUCCAAUUCCCACAUCAUUCAUUUUGACCAGCAGACGAGCCUUGGCCUCUUGUCCAGAGAUUACUACUCUUGCAUCGGACCUUAUGCAGAGGCAUGUCGGGCCUAUGAGCAGUUCAUGAUUGACCUGGCUAAGUUGAUCCGCGCCGACCGGGAUCUGGUCGUCAAUGAAACCAGCAUCAGAGAGCAGGUGACGCGAGUUAUGGACCUGGAAAGGGACAUCGCCAACUCUACUGAUACUCCAGAGGACCGUAACAACCCUGUGUUGCUUUACAACAAGAUGGAACUGGGCGGUCUAAACGCCAAUUUCACCCUAGAGGUCGAAUCUCAGGCAUUUAACUGGAGUUACUUCACGGCUAAGAUAAUGGACACGGUCGACAUCAGCGUUCCUGAUACAGAGAAAAUCAUCAACUACUCCCCAAACUAUUACAGAAGACUCAACCUUGUGUUGGCUAGAUAUACCAAGAGGGAUCUUCAGAACUACGUGGUGUGGCGUUUUGCUAUGAACAUGGUGGUGGGCCUGAGCAGAGCUUACAGGGACACCAGGAAAGCCUUCCGCAAGGCUCUGUCUGGUACGACGUCAGAGGCAGCAGUGUGGCGACAGUGUGCGCUUUACGUCAACAACAACAUGGACAAUGCUGUCGGCCGACUUUAUGUGCAGGAGGCAUUCUCCGAAAAGAGCAAAGAACUGAUGGAAGAGAUGAUCAAAGAUAUUCGGGAAGUGUUCAUCAGCAACCUCGAUGACCUCACCUGGAUGGACGCGGAGACCAAGAAAGCAGCGGAGGAGAAGGCCCGAGCUAUUCGGGAACGAAUCGGCUACUCUGACAACAUUAUGGAUGACAAAUACCUCAACAAUGAGUACAAAGAUCUGAGCUACAAUGCAGAGGAGUACUUUGAAAACAUCCUACAGAACCUGGAGUAUGUGCAGAAGAAACGCCUGCGGAAACUCAGAGUCAAAGUCAACAAAGAGGAGUGGGUAACUGGGGCUGCUGUUGUCAAUGCCUUCUACUCCUCCAGCAAAAACCAAAUAGUGUUCCCUGCAGGUAUCCUCCAGCCUCCUUUCUUCAGCAAAGGCCAGGCUAAAUCUCUUAACUACGGUGGCAUCGGCAUGGUAAUCGGUCAUGAGAUCACACAUGGCUUUGAUGACAAUGGCCGUAACUAUGAUAAGGAUGGUGAUCUGAAGGACUGGUGGACACCAGACUCCACACAGAGGUUCCUGGAGCUGUCAAAGUGCAUUGUCGAUCAGUAUGGCAACUUCUCUUGGGACCUGGCCAAUGGACUUAAUUUAAAUGGCAAUAACACCCUUGGGGAGAACAUCGCUGACAAUGGAGGGAUACGGCAAGCAUACCAGGCCUACAAGAACUAUGUGGAGGAGCAUGGAGAGGAGCCACCGCUGCCUGGCAUUGACCUUUCCCAUGAUCAACUCUUCUUCCUAAACUUUGCUCAGGUUUGGUGUGGAACACACAGACCGGAGCAAGCUGUUAACUCCAUUAAAGUAGAUGUACACAGUCCAGGGAAAUUCAGGGUACUUGGCUCUCUUCAGAAUUUCCCGGAAUUCGCCAAAGCAUUCAGCUGCAACAAGAGCAGCUACAUGGUCCCUGACAACAUCUGCCGUGUGUGGUGAUCCACAGACAUGGAGGAUGGGGACUGUUCUGACGUGGGUCCCCCCCGUCCCCCCCUACAGUAUCUCUCUCUUCUGACUGCCGGAGCACUUGUGUGUGGCUGCAGGGAGGCAACAGUUCCCCAUGACUCUUAACUGGACGGACCAGGGCUGGUGGUCUGACACUGCAGUAUGCACUCCCUCCAAGGACACCAGCGGACUGUACCGUCACAGAGAGCUGUCUCUCCGACUCUGAUACUGUAGUUCAUUCAAUCAGCCUGAUUAUUCUGCUUCUCACUGGAUAGAAUCACUCCCUGUGCUUUUGAUUUCUCUCUCCAUUUUCACCUGGUUUUACUCUUAUCAUUUGUGAGUCUGACAAUGUGUGUGUGUGUGUGUGCUUGUGUGUGCGUAUGCUUGUCUGCUUGUGUGUGUGUGUGUGUGUGUGUGUGUGCGUGUGCGUGUGCGCGCGUGUGUGUGCGUGUUUCAGUCAAACUACUGUGCAAGCAGUUGGCAUGAGAGGGGCAGACAGACAAUUGUGCUCAAACCCACUGGCAUAUGAAUACACUGCACACCCACUCACACUCAUACACAUGUAACAGGCCUGAACCACUGUACUGUAUGUGGGACUGAGCUGUAUGCCUCUAAUAUAAUCUGGUUUCAGCCCUCAUCCAUACAGUGAUACACUCCGCAAUGUACUUGUAUUAUACUAUUUGUACUAUUAACAUCAAACUAGGUUAGAUAAGUUAUUACAAAAAAUGAUUAAGAACAAUCUGAAUUUAUUUUGUUGAGUAGAAGAUUGUGAUCACAUAUUACACAAUAAUAUAAUGAUAUAUAAAAUGAUAAUGACUUAACUGCAGUUAAAAUAGGGUUGCUGUCAAACAAACCAAAAUUUAUAUUUUUUGCCUUCAAGAUGACAACUGAUCAUGAAUCAUUGAACUGACAAUCGAACAAACACCAGACCCUUUUUAUGUGCCCUCCUUUGUGCUUCUGUAUGGAUGUAAGGGAUAUAUGAAUCUAUGUGUAUUCUGCAGUCUUUAUGAUUGUCAAGCAAUUGUGGUUUGCCUUACAUGAUCUGUUGUGUUACCGUGUGGGAGUGUGACAGUGUAUCCGCAGGAGAACAAACGAUUAGAAAAUAUAUCAUGAAUAGUUUGUGUUUUUUUCACAAACACGCCUGAGAAGACCCAUACCCUCAGCAGCAACUUAGCUUAGCAUAAAGACUGUAAACAGCUUGCUUGGUUGUGUCCAAAGGGAGCAAUACUGCCAACCAGCAGCUCUAAGGCUCACUAAUUAACUCCUUAAAUCCUGUUUGUUUAAUCAUCACAAAUCCAGAGUGUAAAAACACAUUUGUGGUGUCUCCGCUGGCAACCGAACAGUGACGAUAACACCCCAGGCCGUGGGACCCUUUUCACUUAGAUAUACUGUAUGUGUGGAUUAAACAAACAAAUUCUAAUGCAUUCAUUUGUGCCUGUUUUUUUUUUGUUGUCUUUUUCAAAACAAUAAUAAGCUGUUUCCCUUGUUUGCUUAAUUGUUUCCUUAUGCUAAGCUAAGAUAACCUUCUCUGGCUGUGGCAUUCAAUGGCUAUGAGAGGUGUAUGAGGUAUGAGAUCUUAAGAAGUUUAUUGGUAUAUGUCACAAAACCAUUUCUUUAAGAAAGUGGUCGUGAUUUCUGUGUUUUAUUGGUUCAAUCACAAUAAGUCUUUUUGUUUAAUCAUUCUUUUAGACACUGGUGGAAAAAGCCAGUUGACAUAUGGCAAUACAGUUGAGCUUUCAAGUGGAUGUUUAUAUAAUCUUUUUCUUUUUGCUGGAAAUUAUUGAGCUUCUCUAAAGUGCAUGCAUUUUUCUGAAUGCAGAAGGUUAAAUGAAGUCAGUGGAUUCCAAUUCACCUUUUUGUUUGGCUUUAUUUUCUACGUUAAAAUGUUUCUGAGGCUGUGAUACAAGGUGCAGAAGAUUUUGCCUUUACCUUUUUAUAUAGAGAUUAGUGCAAUGACUGAUGUGCCAUGAUCAUGUUGACCACUUUUUCCAGAUACAAUACUCUCUAUGUUUAUCCUUUAGACAUUGAUUUUUUCCCCCCGCUUUUUUUGUUCCAUCAUUGUUAAUGCAAGCUUUCUGUCUCACACUCACUGUUGCCCAACCCAUCAGGCUUUCUUUCUGUCUGCCACUCUCUCACACACCCCACCUGUAGAAAGACAGAUAUACCUCAGUUGCCUGUAUUUAGAUACUUUAUAAUAAUGACUGAUAAUCAUCUUGAGAGGCAUUUCUUUUUCUUUCAAAAUAAAUCUUUACAUAACACACUGA